AGAUCCAUUAAAUCUAUAGAUCUAGUCAUAUUAAGUCUUUAAGAUAUUCAGGCAGAGAAGACAUAGAUCUAGAAUAGCUACUCUGGUCCUAAGUUUACCAAGAUCUAGAUUUAUAUAUGAAUAUUAAACUGGGUAUUAAACUGUUUAGAUCUAGAUAUGAUGUAGGUUAUAGAUCUAGAUUCUGAUCUAGACCUCUAGAUCUACUUUUACUUUAUUUUUGUAGUAGAAGAAGUAGUAACCCCAAAGUUUGGCCCAAAGCCGCCACGCAAAGGACAAAGGACUUGAAAGGAUAGACACGCAGUUAACCCAGUAUUGAAUACAAACAAUGGAAACUCUUACAAAUGUAAGCUUGUCUGAGACAACACAGAAAGCAAAAGAAACAUCAGUGCAGGAAUUUAACAUUUCAAAGGAUAUUUUUGAAACUGACAUUAUAAAUGAUGAGUCAAAUGUUUUAGGAGAAAAGCAGAAAAUUGUUGAAUCAGUUCACUUUUCAGACAUUGAAGACUUGUCAAAAGAACAUUUAAAAGACACACCAGAAAGCCCUACUGUCGAGGAUGCAAACACUGUCAUAAGCUCAGAUACAUCACCAAAAGAACUUAAAAACAAAACUGAUGAGGAUUCUAAUGAAGAUAGUGAUAGCAUGCCUGAUUUGAUCUGGCCAGAAAAGAAAUCCAAGGUACCCACUGACCUGAGAUCAACAUUGUCGUCAUCCACAUCCCAAGACACAGGCUUUGGUUCAGAGGAUGUGGGUGACACAAGUCCUGAUGAGAUACCCAGCAAAACAGACUCAUUAACUAGUGGCAGCCAAGAUGCAGUGGACAGCAAACUCACAACACAGACAGAAGACUCUGAAGCUGAGGAUUCCAGUGUUAUGGAUAUCUUAGGCAAUGGUUUAUUAAUUAAAAAGAUCCUUACAGCGGGCUAUGGUAUUGACACAAGGCCAACAAAUGGUGACAUUGUCACAUUGAAAGUUGAAGGCAGACGGGAAGAUGGAAAACUUGUUGACAAUGAAGAGAUCACUUUUUAUCUUAAUGAUGGGGAUGUUAUAUUAGCUUUUGAUUUAGCAGCAGCACUUAUGGAACAAGGUGAAAAAUGUGAGUUAAGGACUGAUGCUAAAUAUGCUUAUGGUAGUUUGGGAAGAGAGCCAGACAUUCCAAAAGAUUCCAAACUCAUUUACAUUUUAGAGCUGCUUCAUGUUCAACAGGCCCCUGAGCUAUCUUCCUUAAGUUUUGAAGAAAGAUUGAAAAUAGGUGAAUCAAAGCGAGAAAGAGGCAAUUACUUAUUUGGAAGAUCAGACUACACAGGCGCAAUCAACUCUUACAACAAAGCUGUUAAAGUUUUGGUUGAUCCUGAGCUUAAUGCUGGAUUGGAUAAAACCUCCCAUUCUAUAUUAGUGGAGUCUUCAGUCAAAUGUUACAAUAAUAUGGCAGCAUGUCAGUUGAAGAUUGAUGCUUUUGAUGCUGUUAUAAGGUCUUGUGAAAAAGUCCUGGCUAGUGAAACCAACAAUGUGAAAGCUCUAUAUAGAAUAGGGAAGGCUUAUGGUGCCAAGGGUGAAAUUGAACAAGCAAUAACCUUUAUGCGCCGUGCAAUCAAGUUAGACCCUGAGUCUAAAAUGUUGAAUCAAGAAAUGCUAAACUUGACAAGACGUAAACUAAAAGAAACCAAAACAGAGAAAGAACUGUAUCAAAAAAUGCUUGGGGUGAAACCAACACAAAAUCAACCAUCUGAUAAAAAAAAGACUCGAAACUCCAAAACUUUUAUUAAAUGGACUGUUGCUGCUGGUGUGGUAGCUGCUGCUCUAGUGUCUGUUGGUGUAGCUUUCUUCAGAACAUCUUGAAAGUGCAGAUCCAGGUACUCCUCAAAGGAUUGGUGAACAAACAAACUUGAAGUCUCUUCUAAAGGCAAACUAUCAAUGUGACUAAAUUAAGUACAGCUUCUUUAUAUCACCUGACAGCUUAUUUUAAAUAAUUAUUUUUAAUUUAUAAUUUCAAAUAAAUUUUGUUUACAUUUUUAAAAAUCUUAUUUAAUAUAAAGUUUUCAUGUUAUUGUUUCAAGAUAAGGUUGAUCAUUAACAAACUAUAUGCUCUUGUUUCAAGAUAAGGUUGAUCAUGAAUAAGCUACAAUGUACUAAUCAGAUGACAUUUUGUAUUAGAAUUUUUUAACAUGAGCGUAAUGAAAUUUUUUUUUUGUUUUAGUGUACUACACUUGUUAAUAUUGUUUCAUUGCUUUAUUCUUUUCAAUUUUUUGUUUUUUUUUACCUUAAUAAUGUGAAUUUUCUACCCACUUAAUUUGCAAAUGAACAAUGUCUUUCAUAUUGUGUUCAUAUUUGGGUGACUUUAGUUUCCACACAAUCAAAGAGGGAAAUAAUAGUUGGCUUUAAUAAUUUAGUGAUCACUUUGGUUUUGUGAAACACUGUAAGGCAUCCAGCCUGUGCUAGGUAUUUUUAUUGUUGAAAUAUGGAUUGGGCGGACCAAAACCACUCUUUUGGCUAAAGGUUGACUAAGUGGAAGCCCUUGUAAAGGACAGGCACAGAAGUUAAAUAGACUUCUGGCGGACAACAGCUUUGUCUGCAUCAGGGGUGUAAAGAUAUGCAGGUCACAGCUGUGCUUGUGUAGCCAUUGGAAAUACUGCAGUCAUCCUUAAUCUUUGGAAUCAAAGACAUUGCCACUAAUCACUUUGGACAUUUUACUCUGAUAAACAUUGAAAUGUUACAUACAUGGAACUUUAUCAUAAGUGUUGGUCAUAUUUAGUUAUGAUUAGAUAAAGGGAUAAAAUUAAAACAACUAAUAAUCUGUCAUUGAUGAGACAUUAUCUAAUUGGCUUGACUUUGACUCAAUCCUUUUGACUACCAUUGGAGCAAAGGGCAGCAACAGUACUACUUCAUCUGACAAAUCCCCUCAUAAUUUGUAGGCUUGGCCAAUAGCUUUGUUCAUUGUAUCAUGGGAUACAAAGAAAUGGACUGCAUGAAGAAAACCCAAGACUAAUAAACACAACUCUAUUUAUUUUGUUAACAAUUAAAUAUACCAGUGGUGAACACACUUUUUUUUUUGGCUAUUCCUACAGAAUCAUGGGAGAAUGUAAUACAGAUUGUAGAUUGUAGUCAUGGAAUCGAGAUGAAUGAUUGGUGAAAACACAUUUUUUUUUGUUAUAACCAUUUCUAAGUCAUGAUGUCAUGACCAUAGUUUAUAAUUUCAUUGUUCAGGCUUGUUCCAAAUGAUUCAAUGAUGUUCUAAUCACCUUCAGGCAAGAUACUAGCACCUAUUCUGUUGGACAGAAUGUAUUGCAGAAAUGUCUGAAUGGGAUGUUCUUUGUGUGUGUGAACAGUUUAAAUUCUUCUAGAAACUAGUAUUCAAUAGUUCCUAUGAGUUAGACACUUGUUUGAUAUGCUUUUCAAUGAUUCCAGUUGAUCAAGAGGUGUUUGAUUGAUGUUUCUUUUUGUUGUGGCAGGUUCAGUUUGAGGUCACUUACGAUAACAACAAUUGAUUUCUUACCGAUCGAUUUGUUCCUAUAUAUUUUCAACUAUCUGAAAGUAAUUUUUAAAUAAAGAGAAAUUAUCCAAAAAAAAACAA